AGGGAAAUAACUAUGUUAUGCGUACAAGGGAACCAUUUCAUUUCCAGGGAUUAGCGAAAUAGUUUUCAUCGCCUUUCAUCUGCUUCUUCUCAGUUCUGAGGUCUCAGUCACUCACACUCUCUCUUUCUCUAGAAAGAAUGGCGAUCUGCUCGGCUCCUCUAACCACUUCAUUCUCAGUAGGCAGCGGAUCUCAGCUGAAAGCGCGUGAGAUUUGGUUGUCCGGCAAGUCGGAAUCAGUAAAACUCACCGCACAGAGCCAGAGCCGGAGAAACUCGGUUCAAUUGCGAAACAACCGUAAUUUCUGUGUUCGUGCUGAGUAUAGUGAUGGUAAUAGAGGUGGAGGUGCUGAUUUUCUUGCUGGUUUCCUGGUCGGAGGUGCUGUGUUUGGAACUUUAGCUUAUGUUUUUGCUCCACAGAUCAGAAGAUCUCUCCUCAAUGAAGAUGAAUAUGGAUUUCGUAAGGCCAGGAGACCAAUAUAUUAUGACGAAGGUUUAGAGAAGACCAGGCAGACCUUGAAUGCAAAAAUAAGCCAGCUCAAUUCAGCCAUUGACAAUGUCUCUUCCCGCUUGAGAGGUGGGAACAAUGCGCCCGCGGCGCCAGUCCAAAGUGAUCCCGAAGUAGAAGCUACCAUGUGAGAUUCGUUUCACUCUCUGGUUGCUAAUUAAGAACUUUAAAUCUUGAAAGCCCACAUGUAUUUUAAAUUUGGACGCGUAACUAUGUGUUCUUGCGAUAGUAUUUUUGAGGAUGUUUGUUUCAGUAAUUUGGUUCAACAGUUCGGUUUUGUUAAAUCUAUCAUAUUGUUCAUAGUUUUGGGUUACAAGUUCGUGGAUUAAUAAAUGUGAUUUCUACCCUUAUGCAA